CAAAAGAAAAAGGUACUUUUGAUCAAUAUAAUUAUCUAGAAGCUGGAAAGCAAUUAUGUUAUUUUCAUUAUCUUAGCAUAAUUGAUCACAAUGACAUAUAUAAGUCUUUAGCCAAUAAUAAAAUAGAUAUAAUUGAGCUUGAAUUUUCUAUAGAAAUUGAUAAAUUAGAUAGUUCAACAGAAACCCUAUUAACUGAUGAUGAAAUAAAAAAAUUAA